AUGGACCUACCAGCACUGUGUCAAUCAUUAUCACUGUCCGACGAAGAAGAUGUAGUGGUAUGUGAUCUAGGUGCAGCAGCUAGAGAAGUGGGAGAAAAGAAAAUUGCUACGUCUCUUUUUGGGAAAGUUCUAUCAACAAAACGUGUUAGUAGAGAUGGAUUCAUCUCGACAAUAAAAUACGUAUGGAAGACUAAGGAUCCACUCGUAAUCGAAACAGUGGGGAGUAAUCUGUUCAUAUUCCAUUUUGGAUCUGAAGCAGAUAGAAGAAGAGUGUUGAUGGGGGGGCCAUGGAAUUACCAGGAAUACCUGCUAGUGUUGGAAGCUCCGACCGGAAUAGGAGAUAUUACAGAAGCAAAGUUUAAUCUGGUACCUUUCUGGAUCCAAAUUCAUCAAUUACCUCUCAUGUGCUUGAACAAAGAGGCGGGUUUAUCUUUGGGUAAACAGAUAGGGGAAGUAGAGGAAGUGGAUCAUGGGGCCUCAGGAGAUUGCCUAGGCAAAUACAUUCGUGUUCGGGUGAAAGUUGAUGUAACUAAACCUUUGAAACGGGGUUUAAAGGUCAGAGUAGAUAGUGCCGGAUCCAUAAUUACUGCGGUGUUAAGGUAUGAACGGCUACCAGAACUAUGCUAUCGAUGUGGUACGCUAGGGCAUCCAAUUCUUGAAUGUCCAAUAAAUGCAGAUGGAGGACAAUGCAAAUUCAAUGAUCUAAUCAGGGCAGGUCCGACUAUUCUGGAAUCAAGGGGGAAACGAUUUAGAAGUUCGGUAGAGAAGCACCCUGAAAGAGGCGGAGGAAGAAGGGCAGCACCGUCACUAGGGAGGUUGACAGAAUCUACCAUUAAAUCGGCCAAGUUGGUAAGUGAAUCAAAUAUGGGAGGAAAUCCCGCUAUUUCAAAUUUGAUUAAGGAAAUAGAAGGUGAUAAGGUUAGUAAGAUUGAGGUUGGAAAAUAUGGCAUUGAUGUAGGAAAAAAUAUAGAAAAUGCAGAUUUGAUUGAGAUUGAGAUUGAUAAGGUAACAGAAAAGAAGGGAAAGAAAAUUUUGGCGCUCUCUAACGUGUUAAGUCAAAAUACGGAAAGGGAGAAGAUGGGCCUUUUUACUAAGGCCAAGUUCAAUAAAAAAGGGCCAAAAAAGGCUAGCAGCACUUUAAGUCCAAAGAAAAAAAUUGGAAAAGGAUCCAAAAAGAAAAUGGUGGCGUUGGAAGAUUUUACUUUCUUAUCUCCUAAGAUUGUGGGAGAAUCAUCUGGGAACAAAGAAGGGGGUAAUCAAAGGUUUUUGGCCUUACGGCAGACUGAGGAUGACGGUGGUGAUUUUGUUAUCAAUGAACUAGCGGCGGUCCCUGCUCAGCAGGACUGCCGAGACCAAUGA